GACGCGUUGGAUGAGGCUGACUUGGCCGCGAUCAAAGAGGGCGACGCCAACGUCGCGCGCGUCGUCUGCCACAGGAAGUGCCACAGCCUCAAGUCGCGCGUGCAGAGGGUCCGCUCUGGCGAGGGGGGCUUCGCGGCAUUCGCGGAGAUUGAGGGCGAGGAGCGGGCCAGGUUCUACAAGGAUGCCACCAACUUGUACGGCGCUGACCUCGUGAAGGAAAUGCAAGAGACCAUGGCGUCUCGGUUAGCGGAUGCCAGUGACGCGCGCUUCAGGGAGAGCGGCGACUUCGCGGAGAUCACGGAGGCCCAGGAGUUGCCGCAGUUCAAGUGGAAUCCAGAUGCAUUCCAGCGCCUCUUGGCUACGGCGCCCAGGAAGACGCGCGCGCUGUCGGGCAUCGAGUGCGCGUGCGUUCCCAAGUGCAGUUUCGAGCACACCAAGCAGGUUUUGCCGGAUAACAUCAGGCAGAGAACCGUCGAGGGCUCGAAGAAGCUGCCGAAGGCGAAGAACCCCGCGAAGCCCAGAGCCAAGAAGGAGCUCACCGAUGGCCCCAAUAUUCCGAAGAGCGUCGUGACCAAGACCGCCAAGCUGGAGUCCCGCCUGACCGAGAUGCUCCUGCGCGCGGCGGAGCUUAUCGCGUUUGCGAAGAGCCCCGACGCCGAGGGCUACGUGGGUAGGCGCCAGUCGGAGGCAGCCGAG